UCCGUUAAACUCCAAAGAAGAGGAGGAAGAAGAAGAAGAAGAAACCUCCCUCCUUCUAGCUGCUUCUUGCUCGAUGAAAUAAACAUGACGAUGUUGUCAACUAUAUUGGUGUCAGUGCAGCUGCACUAAAAGUAUAACAUUGAAUACGACAAGGGACGGUGGAUAUUGUAUUUCACAAAAUUUGUGACAAACCGUUGUUCGAGUUCUUGGAUUGCAGAACUUGUCUUGGAUUGAAACACCAUUUUCACAGGUUGACAAGUGGACAGUAAACACUGCAAUGCCUCUGCUGUUUUUGGAGAGGUUUCCUUGGCCCAGCCUACAGACCUACACAGCACUGAGUGUGGCUUUGCUCGCUGGCAGUAUCUUCAGUGCCUACACCACUGUGACUGACCCAGGCUUUGGGGCCUUGGAGACUGAUGAAACACCAGCUCCAUCUGAAGUGGCUCUUGAACAUCUAAACAAUGAUAUUAGUAACACAGAACUGGCAACCACUGUCCUGUGGUAUCUUGUCACUGACAGUCUCUUUGUAUGGGUCUUAGUCAACACCUUCUGCUGUUCCUUGAUGUUAAUUGCUAAAAUGAUUCAGUAUGUGGUCUUUGGCCCUGUUAGAGUGAGUGAGAAGCAGCACCUGAAAGAUAAGUUCUGGAACUUUAUCUUCUACAAGUUUAUUUUCAUCUUUGGAGUUUUGAACGUGCAGACAGUAGAGGAGGUGGUCAUGUGGUGUUUGUGGUUCUCUGCCCUGGUCUUUCUCCACCUCAUGGUGCAGCUUUGCAAAGACCGGUUUGAAUAUCUGUCUUUCUCACCUUCCACUCCCAUGAACAGUCAUGUGCGAGUGCUCUGUCUGCUGGUCUCCCUGCUGCUGGACUGCUGUGGCCUUGCUGUGAUCUGUGGUCUGCUGGGAGCUUCCCAUGGCAUGCAUACCCUCUCCUUUAUGGCAGCAGAGUGUCUGCUAGUGACUGUACGUACUGGGCAUGUCAUCAUGCGAUACUCCAUUCACCUGUGGGAUCUGAAGCAUCCAGGAACCUGGGAGAGUAAGGGAACGUAUGUCUACUACACAGACUUCAUCAUGGAGUUGGCUAUGCUCUUUCUGGACCUCAUCCACCAUAUACAUAUGCUGCUUUUUGGCAACAUCUGGCUGUCCAUGGCGAGCUUGGUUAUCUUCAUGCAGCUGCGGUAUCUCUUCCAUGAGGUCCAGCGCCGUGUCCGACGUCACAAGAACUACCUCCGCGUCAUCAACAACAUGGAGGCUAGAUUUUCUGUUGCUACUGCAGAGGAGCUGGCCGCUAAUGAUGAUGACUGUGCCAUCUGCUGGGAUACCAUGUUGACAGCACGCAAAUUACCCUGCGGUCAUCUCUUCCACAACUCUUGUUUGCGCUCAUGGCUUGAGCAGGACACCUCGUGCCCUACAUGUAGGACAUCCCUGAACAUUAACGGGGACGGGGGCCAGCCCAGAAACCAGCAGCAGGGUGGUGGUUUGGAAGACAACAUCGGCCCAGUAGGAGCUGCUGCAGAUGCUAGAACACAUAACAACCAACAUAAUCACUUCUUUCACUUUGAUGGAUCUCGCAUUGCCAGCUGGCUGCCCAGUUUCUCAGUGGAAGUAAUGCACACCACCAAUAUACUGGGCAUGGCUCAAGCCAACAACUCCCAGCUCAUGGCCAUGGCCCAUCAGAUCCAGGAGAUGUUCCCUCAGGUGCCCUCCUACCUGGUGAUGCAGGACCUGCAGUUGACUCGCUCUGUGGAGGUCACUACUGACAACAUCCUGGAGGGACGCAUUCAGGUUCCUUUCCAAACGCAGGCCAUAGAGCGUGGCCCUACACAGGUGAGCCCUGGUCCAGAUGAGCAGGAAGGCUCCAGUGGAGCAGCUGAUCAGGGCCUCAGUGAGUCAGACAACAUCGAGGUAAGAGGAGGUCGCUUCUCGAAGUCGGCUGAGGAGAGGCAGAAGAUGUUAAGACAGAGGAAAGAAGAGAUGCUUCAGCAAGCGCGCAGGCGAUACCUGAACAAGAGUCCAGAGGACCAGGAUGAGGAUUUGCCUGGACUGGAGGAGGACACUGUUCCAGAAGUAAACUUGGCAGUGCUGAGACGUCGAACCAUGGCGGCAGCUGCAGAGAGACGCAUACAAAAUCAGCAAGACCCUGCACCCUGAUACACAGAUUGGCUUCAAUAGGAGUGUCUAUCACAUCCCAAGAGGCACUAACAGAGCUAUUUAAACAUCCCGUCUCUCCCAUUCAGUGUACAGUCAGUGGUCAUCACCUAUUCAAUACUGUAAUUAAAAAGCAUUGCAAACAUGGCCUUUGGGCUGCCUAAAUAAGGUGAGACUUUUGUGAGUAGCUCACUGAUUCUAGAGUAUUUGGAACAUUUUAAAUUCAUGGGUGCAUGUCAAGAAAUGCAAAGUUGCAUUGCCCUUUAUUCAUGUGCCACACAUUGCAACCACCAGCUUGAGUGGGGAGUCAGUAUCUGCCAUUAUUGGGUCUGGCUAUGAAAAGUGAGCAUGCUUUGCAUUCAGAAGAGUCUUUUUUGAGAGAGCUUUGAAGGUGUCAUUACUAGAAAAAAGCUGUCUAUUUUUGUUUAUUUUCUUUUAAUCAGACUUUUUUUUCCCACAUGUGUUGCUCAAGGCAGAAAGCUACUUAUUCUGGAUGAAGAAACUCAUCUGAUGUAUUUGUGUGCUAUUCUUUUGUGAGUUUCAACUGUGAAUUAAGUGUAGGCAAAAUAACAACACAUUUUUAUUUCUUACCCUGGAGUAAGAGAAUGUCACUUUAGUAUUGGUCAGCCUUUUCUGUCAAAUAUGAAUGUUUCUAUCAAGAAUAAUGCUGCAAACAAAGUGUUUUUGACCCACAUGGGUUCUGUGUUUAGUGUGUAAUAUCACCCAUUGCAAACUGUUUGCAUUUCGUUAUUUAACAAGGGGGCGGGUGGGGCUGCAAGUCUUUGUGUUCUAAUGCUGUUCCCUUGAGAUACAUAGGCAACAAAGGGGGUGUGUUACAUUUUGUACAAGUACAAUAGGUGUCAUCCUUGAGUCUUUCUUAAGUUAACCUCUGUUGAGCAGCACUGUUUUAUUCAUGCAGCAUUUGUCCACUCGCAUUGAGAAGUGCUUAUUCAAACGUCAUCCUGUGAAGAGCAGAAUUUUCUUGUGCCCAAAGAUGUUAUAUAAAUAAUGUACAGCAGUAUAUGACAUGGACUAGGCCCUUGAAACAUUUUUGGUAAUACCAAAUUUUUACUAAAUCUGUAGCUGGUUACGACAUAUCGAUGGAUUCAAAGAUGGAAACUAUUAUAAUUGUUUAGUUUCUUGUGAUUUCAGUGCAGUAAUAAGGGCAGUUUGGGGUGAGAUAUGCAUGAAUUUAGACAAGUGCUUUUGUUUCCUUCCACUCUAUCCCAAAGAGCAGCCCACAAACUUCCACAUAAAGCUGAAGUGUUGUGAUCUUUAUUGUGUGUUCACUUUAUUGCUCAAACUCUGUUUUGGUUGUAAGAGGAUACAAUAUAGGAUUUAGAUUUCCUUUAGUCAAAAUGUAAAGAAAGUAAUUGGACAGCUUUGUUUUAAUUUUCAGUUUUUACAUAAAGCUAUUUAACAUCUCUUAAUAUCCAUGAUAUAUUUUCCUAUUCAUGGGUUAUCUUUCAUAACCCUUGUGUUAAUUUAAUCAAAACUGAAAUGCUUUUUUGAACUGAGCUUUCCUGUAUUUUUGUGCCUAAAUCAAGAAUGGUUCAGCUGUGGAUAAUUUCUGUAAAUCUAGUUUUUGUAAAAUAUGUUAAUACAAAAGACUCAAUAAAAAGAGCUUCUACAGCUUUCUAACAAAAUGUA